AUGGCGGCGUCCGCUUUUGUCGGCCUUGUUGUCGUUUCCUUAGCGGCGCUUUGCCGGACUUUCGCCGCCGACAACGAGAACGGCGAGGCCCGGAGUCCUAAUAACAGUAGCAGCGGCGGCGUUGGCACGGCCGGAAGCGGAAAUGGCAAAGAAGGCUUGACGGGCUUCGGCGUCGACCCGUCGAUGAUGCAGCGGGCCGCUUACGUGCUCAUCGCCAUCACCGCCAUGGGAUUUCUAUACUUUAUCGUCAGGGCCGGCUGUGUGAAAAAGACCGCGCCCAGGAAGAAGUACGGCCUGCUGUCUCGCUCGGAGGACACCGUGGAGCUGACGGCGGCGGCCAGCGACGACGAGGACGACAACACGCUCUACGAAGCGCGGCCCCUCCGCAGGUGA